CAACCACUUCCAAUGCGCCCUCCAGUCCUGCCAGAGCAUUUGCCAUUGCAUAUACCAGGCUACGCCAACUCCGUGAAAACCAACUCCGUAACAGCACGACGAAAGCUGAAUUUUGUCAUGACUGACGAGCAAACAGCCCUGCGGGCCCGAUUGAUUCCCGCAAAUCGAUCUUUCUUGUCUCAAGAGGCAAGGAAGAUUCGCUGCGCUCUCGGACAGGUUAUUAUGCGCCUACAGUCCCAGCACAUCCGGUCAUUUCUUGCCAAAGAAAUCGAGGAAUUCGAAAAUUCCUUUGAAGAGAUUCUGCAAACAGCCAGUGUCUUCCUUGUCACUACUGAGAGGGUCGCCCAAUCUCCCUCGUUGGUGAUCAUCGACCAAGCCUCUGUGGUCAAGACCGUCUGUCACUUCCUCGCAUCAUCGAACGCCAUCCUUGAGUUUCUCGAUUUCCAACAUCGGAGGACUGGCCUUGCUUCUGGAGGCGAUCCCUCCCUUGAGCAGCAAGUCAAGGAUGCCCAGAUCCUCGUACAAGAACUUCUGAACACGUUCAUUCUUCAUAAGAAGGCGGAACACUAUCCGGGAAAAGAAAUGGGCUUCAUUUACAACGAGGAUGUCAUGAUCUACGGGAGUUUCCUCCUCCACAGGUUUCACCACACUGAGCAAAGCGAGAUUCCCGACCCGGAUGACGACAACGUCGAUGUCGGCAAGUUGGUUCGGUACUGGCAUACGGAUAGCCUGUUCAGCCCUCUGAGACAUGUUCCUGGCACUCCCUGGCACAAGUUUUUUGGCAACCUCAGACCAGGUCCGCUUGCAAGACCUGCGCUGUUUAGGGAGCGCAAGCCGCUUCCCUUCUUCCAUGCUAUCAUCCCCCCGACGAUCGAGUGGCUGCAUAUCGAGCUGGAGGAUGAGUACGAGAAAUACAGGGAUAUGUUCGAGAGGUUCCGUCGCCUACCCGGUCCACGUCUCCCAGACUCUGCCAGAAUUGCCAUGAUCAGAGACAUUCAGCGUCGCCUGUCUCAUCUCUUUAGGGGCUGGAAGAGGGCCGAAGAGGCCAGCAUUUUGUCUCUUGAAGACAUGACCGAUUUCCCUUGCCCUGAGUAUGAUCUCCUGGGGCUGUCGAAAUUUGAGGCGCUGAACGCCGAGAUCAACGCAACCGACAUGGCAGGGAUUGCUUUGCUGGGAGAACCUGUUGCCCCUGUUCCGGUUAUCUUAGAAGCGCAGAUUAGGAGAUAUUGCCUCGAGUUCGACGGCGAGUGGGACACUGAUUUUUCGUAGACUGAACUGCGAUCGAGAACAUCAGAGUACAGACUGCGGGAGAGAAGGGAUUAUAGCUGCAUUGGCCUUUGCUGGACUUUCAAAAGUCAAUAUGAAUCAUUUGUGC